CAUAAGGACGCAUUUGAACUUGCAAAGGUAUUACAUCGGGACCUUAGUGUUGGAAAUGUCGUCAUCUACAAAGGGAAGGGCUACCUAAUUAAUUGGGACCUAUCAAAGUUAGUUAACAUUCAGGGUCCCCGACAAACAACAUGCACGGGAACCUGGCAAUUCAUGUCUGUGUACCUCAUUGAGCAUAAAUAUGCCAUACAUACGGUCAAGGAUGAUCUCGAGUCCAGCUUUUACGUUGUUCUGUGGACGGCUCUU